AUAUUUGUGGUGCAGCUUAACUCCAGUAAAGAGCACAAUUGCUGCUUUUUGGGUUUCUGCUUUCCAAAAAAAAUUAUCUCAUCCCUUGCAGAUGUCUGUAAUGUAAAUCAUCAGAACAAGGCUGGCUAUACCCCCAUCAUGCUUGCUGCGCUUGCAGCUGUGGAAGCAGAGAAGGACAUGAGGAUAGUGGAAGAACUGUUCAGCUGCGGGGACGUGAAUGCUAAAGCCAGCCAGGCUGGACAGACUGCACUGAUGCUAGCUGUAAGUCAUGGGCGGAUAGACAUGGUUAAAGCUUUACUGGCCUGUGGUGCAGAUGUCAAUAUCCAGGACGACGAGGGCUCAACAGCUCUGAUGUGUGCUAGUGAGCACGGACACGUAGAGAUUGUCAAACUUCUGCUGGCUCAGCCUGGGUGUAAUGGCACCUUGGAAGACAAUGAUGGCAGCACAGCACUUUCGAUAGCCCUGGAAGCUGGACAUAAGGACAUAGCUGUUCUCCUUUACGCUCAUGUCAACUUCUCCAAAACCCAGUCACCGGGCACACCUAGGCUUAGCAGAAGGACAUCUCCUGGUCCCACCCACAGAGCCACUUUUGAGUAGUAGUGCAUGAAUAUCUGUAAAAAUCUCUUUGCCACCUUUAAGCUGCUAAAUGUUACUGUUUUACUGAGACAGAUACUGAAUGUAAUUGUCUUGUGCCUGAACUCACCAGCAAAGUGAAAGCAGAGAUCUAGUGCUAAAGGUAGAAAACUGUAAACUUGAAGCAAGCAUAUAGUUAAGUAGUGCUCAGCUGAGGACCUUAGCCAGAACUGUUCUUUUGCUCACCUACUUGUCUUUCUAUACACUGGCAUCAAUCCUGGUUUUCUUUGCUAUAGAUUAUCCUUUCCUAUGUUAUGUGCAGCCUAAUAUUUCUAAAGCUAUCCAUGCAGGGGUGUCCUGGUGGCUUGUUUUUAAUCAUUCUAAAAUGUAUUUACUGUGCCUAGAUGUUAUUACAGUACCCUGUUCAUAAAUUUCAUUCCAACAUGAUAUUGAUGUUUUCAGUUACUUCAAAAUUCAGAAGUUGCAGUUGCUUAUGUAGUCAGCUCCAUGGAUCUUGAGCUGGUGGGUGAGUGGGUAGGUGUUGGGGAUUGCGCCUUUCGUCAGGUCUGAAGUUCACUAAAUAAGUUGUUGCUAAUUGGGGAUAAUGUAUAACUUUUUAUAUGAAAGAAACUAGUAUCUAUAAAAUUAACUAGCACAGUAUUUUCAACAUUUUAUAUUCCUUAAUAAUUAAAAGCUACAUGAAGAAUUACAUGUCCUGUUACCAUAUUUUUAUUAAUUGUGUCUAUAAGCUCCAUACAUGUUUAUUGGAGAGUAAAAUUAGAGGUACCA